UUUAAAUUCCUCCACCACCUGUAUAGAGACAGAACUCUGCGGACCUACUGUGUGGACGCUGCUUUGCUUUCUUCCUAGUUCCAAUAUUUAUACUUUAAAGCGGUCACUGUCUUCGAUCACUGCUUCAUGCGCUCGCGCAGGGUCCUCAAGGGUGUGUGUGUGACUUCUCCCUCUGCCCCCUGUGACCCCUGUAUCCUGGUUGACCUUCACCCCCUCCCCUCCCCUCCCUGAGGCUGCACUGAGAUCCAUGGCGUUGGAGAAGCUCCUGGGUUUCGGGAAGCAGUUGCUGAGGGUGAAGGUGGUGGACUGUAACGUUGAGGACUCCCAUCUGUGCCGAUGCCUCAACACUUUGGACCUGGUGGCCCUCGGGGUUGGCAGCACGCUAGGCGCUGGCGUCUACGUGCUAGCCGGGGCUGUAGCAAGAGAGAAUUCAGGUCCUGCGAUUGUGCUGUCUUUCCUGAUAGCAGCGUUAGCUUCAGUGUUAGCCGGCCUGUGCUACGCUGAGUUUGGAGCCCGUGUUCCCAAGACUGGUUCAGCUUAUCUUUACUCCUAUGUGACUGUAGGGGAACUAUGGGCCUUCAUCACUGGAUGGAACCUCAUCCUCUCCUAUAUCAUUGGGACUUCCAGUGUGGCUCGAGCAUGGAGCGCUACCUUCGACGAGUUGGUUGGGAAGCGCAUAGAGGAGUUCUACAGAGAGAACAUGCCCAUGCAUGCACCGGGUAUAUUAGCAGAGUACCCUGACAUGUUUGCUGUUCUCAUCAUAUUCAUCCUCACAGGUCUGCUGGCAUUUGGGGUCAAAGAGUCCGCGAUUGUGAACAAGGUUUUCACCUGUAUAAACGUCCUUGUCUUAAUGUUCAUGGUGAUCUCUGGCCUAGUCAAAGGUUCUAUGAAGAACUGGCAGCUGGACCCUGAAGAGAUCCUAAACCGCAAUUAUACCAGUGACUCCAAUCUCAAUGUGACAGAAAUUCUUCCAACCAGAGAGAGUUUGGGAAAAGGCGGCUUCAUGCCGUUUGGUUUCGCAGGCGUCCUGUCCGGAGCUGCGACUUGCUUCUAUGCCUUUGUGGGUUUCGACUGCAUUGCUACAACAGGUGAAGAGGUGAAGAACCCCCAGAGAGCGAUCCCUAUCGGCAUCGUGUCCUCCCUGCUCAUCUGCUUUGUGGCCUACUUUGGUGUUUCUGCUGCCCUCACUCUCAUGAUGCCGUACUACCUGCUGGACGGCAAAAGCCCUCUGCCUGUGGCUUUUAAAUAUGUGGGCUGGGGAGGAGCCAAAUACGCUGUGGCUGUAGGCUCUCUUUGUGCUCUGUCUACUAGCUCGCUUGGUGCUAUGUUCCUUAUGGGCUGUGCGAUCUGGGCUAUGGCCGACGAUGGGCUGCUUUUCAAGUUCAUGGCCGAGAUCAGCCCCUGCACCAAAACCCUGUUAACUGCAACCCUCACCUCUGGCGUAGGGGCAGAUUUUUUCCUCCCCAGUCUGUUGGGUUCCAUGUUCCCACUACCCCGCAUCAUCUUUGCCAUGGCUCGGGAUGGCCUGCUCUUCUCCUUCCUGGCCCGUAUCAGCAAGAGGAAAUCCCCCGUAACCGCCACUAUGGCCGCCGGGGUCAUGUCUGCUAUCAUGGCGUUUUUGUUCGACCUGAAGGACCUGGUGGACCUGAUGUCGAUAGGGACGCUGCUGGCCUACACAUUAGUGGCUGCCUGUGUCCUGGUGCUCAGGUAUCAGCCUGAGCUGGUGUAUGAAAUGGCUAAUACCCAGGAUGAGGGGGAGCAGAGCGACCGCAUCAGUGUCCCCAGUAUGGGCAUGCUGCCUGGGAUGGAGCAGACUUUCAGCUUCAAGACCCUCCUUUUUCCAGACAACACUGAGCCAUCCACUCUGUCGGGCUUCUCUGUCAACAUCUGUACAUCUAUCAUGGGAACAUUGAUCCUGGCGUUCUGUAUACUGGCGGUGCAGGGAGGCUUUGCUGCGUGGAACAUUGUAGCCAUCAGCGUCAUCUUCAUGGUGUGUGUCGUCCUCACCUUCAUCAUCUGGAGACAGCCUGAGAGCAAGACGAAACUUUCCUUCAAGGUCCCUCUGCUACCAUUCAUUCCAGUGAUCAGCAUGUUUGUGAAUGUUUACCUGAUGAUGCAGCUGGACAGAGGAACUUGGAUACGGUUUUCUGUCUGGAUGGCAAUAGGUUUCCUGAUCUACUUCUCGUACGGCAUUCAUCACAGCAUUGAAGGAAAAUUGUCCCGCUUGUCUCCAGGCACCGAGAUGAACGGUUUCAAAGGCAACAAUGAUCCACAGGCCAGGUCCCAUGAAAAAGAGGCCUUCCUGAACAGUGGUAUUGAUGGCGAGGAAGAGGACGAUGGAGAUUUGUAGGAAAGCAUUUGAACAUGCUGUUUAGAUUUCAACCCCCCCCCAACGCAAGUCUGUCUGCAUAAGAGUCUUUUUGACUAGACGACUCCCUGUCAUUACUUCCUUUUUGUGAAAGCAAUGAGGAAUAACAUUGACCUAAAAUUCACACACCUGUGACCUUCGCCGAGACUACUGGAUAAAGAUUCAGGAAACUGCCACCUUGACGCUCCUUAAGCCAUAUUUGACAUGUAUUAUGUGGUAUUUUUGAAUAGGCGUGUUACCCUUUUUGCAUGGCCUUGAGCUUUAACUGGUGGUUAUAGCUUGGCUGUUUGAGGGGGGAGGGCUCAUGUUGGAUGAGGAACAUUUUAGUGUCUCAUGGAGCUAUAAGAUCGGGCUUACAUUGUUGGCAGGAGGACGAUGUGAUGCAGCUUUCAUAUGGGUGCCAGAAAGUUGAACAGUAAUACACAUUUUGCUUUUCUUUCUUAUAUAAUAAUUAUUCUACCAUCUGCAUCAUUCACAGUCAGUAUUAAAUACAGCUUGGUACCAAAUGCUAUAUUUUCAAAAACCUGAUAGCUCUCUUUCAAUGUUACUGACUGUUGAACCGCUGCUCUUCCAGCCGUCUCUGACAACAAAAGAAAGCUUGCAAAAUACACUGCAACAUAUUUGUCAAUGAUGUUAUUACCCCUGUCCAACAGAAACAAAGGGUGGUCUGGCAUUUGGCUGCACAAACAGUUGAAGUGAUCCAGCAGGAAAAUGAAGCUUACAGUUUCCAAAAGUCCAAUUUUAGGUCAGAAGGAUUGCAUUGAGGCCGUCUGAGGUCCCAGGCUUUAACUUGCAAAUAGGGGAAGGUCGGCGUUUGGGGCUGGGCAAUAUGGCCGAAGUCUUCUGUCAUGAUAAAGGUAAUUAAAUAUCUAUAUCUCUUUAUUUCACGAUGUAGCAUGUUUUCCGGCCUAUUGUUUUAUGCUCCUUUGUAAAUGUUAUAGUAAGAGCUGUUAUUUUCGAUUUAGACUGAUUCACUGUGUAUCACAAUAUUUCAAUAUAAAUUAUUUGAUCACUUUACGCUUCCUUUGAAAGAGGGUAAAUGAUCUUAUUGAGUUAAUUCCCAGCCCUAUCCUACUGUGGUACUACAAUAUGGAUCAAAUCCAGGCAUUUGCAAGAAACAAGCAACAUCAAUAAUAUGCCAUGGAUCUGCAAAUAAUGACGCAGAAAAGGCUGUACAAGACAUCCUGUUGGACGGUUCCUUAUUGUGAGACAAGUAAUUCCAUCCAAACCCCCACAGGAUCAUGGGACUACAAAUCGUGUACCUGCUAUCUGAUUAAACACCAUCAAGAUAAUAAUGACAGUUGUUAGAAUAUGCUCUCUCAUUUGGGAUAUUCAAUACCCUUGUAAAUGAAUGGAAUCCUGAUACAUGUUCAGCAUCAGGUGAAGACAUUGACAGUUGCUGAAUGUCAGUUCAUGUAAUGUGACAUUAGAUAAAAGUGUAUAUUCACAGUGCUGGCUGCUGUGUAACUUUGCAUCUGUAGCUUGUAACAUUAAACUUCUCUUUUCAAAAAUGUU